UCAAAGCCAUCAUCAAGCCCGAGAGAGAAGGAAGGAAGUAAGAACACUGACCCUCGGUCACGUUUCCGCCACCAAACCCCACAAAUACAGUAUUUUUCUCAACUUUUUUUUUAUUAUUUAUACGCAACAACACCAUAAGCCAACAUCAUUUGACCAAAAACACAUUGCUUUUUUACAUUUUCCAAUUCAUUGGAAGGGUUUUGGUUUGACAUAAAUUAACCUUUCAAGAUCUCAGAGGGCAGAAGAUCAAAGCCUAGACACACUCUCAUAGAUAAAGAGUGUCUCUGAUUUGAUCUUUGUUUCUUUUCUCCUUGAAAAUUUUCAGCACCCCACAGGGUUCUGUCAGAAAAGUUUGAAUUUUGAGCCUGCCCUUUACAAUGAUUUCUUCCUUGAGACAGCCUGUUGUGGGGAUCAGUGGUUCUGAUCUUCUUUUGAGGCAAAGACAUGCAACCCCAGUUAAGGCACGGUCGUUUUUGCCUUCUUUGGCAAGGGAAAAGGGACAUGGAUCUCUGGUUUCAGUGCAUAAGCCACUGCACAUUGCUUCUUCUCUUGGUGGUGCAAAUUUCUCUUCAGUGAAGAGUGGUGGAAAGGGUGAUUUGGUGAAGUGCGAGGCCUAUGAGGCAGACAGAUCAGAGGUUGAGGCUACAAACACACCAUCAGAGGCUUCAAAGAAGGUGAAGAUUGGCAUAUAUUUUGCAACCUGGUGGGCUCUGAAUGUGGUGUUUAAUAUUUAUAACAAGAAGGUGUUGAAUGCCUACCCCUUCCCGUGGCUGACUUCAACUCUCUCACUUGCAUGUGGGUCUCUCAUGAUGUUGAUCUCUUGGGCCACUGGGAUUGCAGAAGCCCCCAAGACUGAUCCUGAGUUUUGGAAGUCUUUGUUUCCUGUUGCCGUUGCACAUACAAUAGGACAUGUGGCAGCAACUGUUAGUAUGUCAAAAGUUGCGGUAUCAUUUACACAUAUAAUCAAGAGUGGUGAGCCUGCUUUUAGUGUUCUGGUUUCAAGAUUUCUCUUGGGUGAGACUUUCCCCGUGCCAGUCUAUCUGUCUUUACUUCCGAUCAUUGGUGGAUGUGCACUUGCAGCCGUGACUGAACUCAAUUUCAACAUGACUGGUUUCAUGGGUGCUAUGAUAUCGAAUUUGGCAUUUGUAUUCCGUAAUAUAUUUUCAAAAAAGGGAAUGAAGGGAAAGUCUGUCAGUGGAAUGAAUUACUAUGCUUGUUUAUCUAUUUUGUCCCUUGCAAUUCUCACACCCUUUGCAAUUGCCGUGGAAGGACCACAGAUGUGGAUUGCCGGAUGGAAAACAUCGAUCUCUCAGAUUGGAAACCAACUCAUAUGGUGGGUAGCAGCUCAAAGUGUAUUCUAUCACUUAUACAAUCAAGUGUCAUACAUGUCUCUGGAUGAGAUCUCUCCCUUAACAUUUAGCAUUGGAAACACCAUGAAACGUAUAUCUGUCAUAGUGUCUUCGAUUAUUAUCUUCCACACUCCAGUUCAACCUGUUAAUGCUCUUGGUGCCGCUAUUGCUAUCCUUGGAACCUUCUUAUAUUCACAGGCAAAACAAUAGAUUUGGUGGACUAAGAUUCCUCUAUGGAUUUGUUUGUUACUGUUCUUCAUGCUCAACCAGGGACAAGAAAGUUAAAUUUGGAAUGUGUCACUGCUGGAUUUUUGCAAGAGUAUGCUCUGGCUGUCAGUCCAUCUGUAGAUAGAUAUAAUAAUAAGAAUGAUGCUGCUGAGGAAACAUUAUUAUAAUACAGAUUAUUGUUAUUAUUAGGUAGAGUUUUAUUUUUUUUUUUUCAAUUUCUGAAAUGCCUACGAUUUGAAAUAAAUGUUUUUGAGAAUAAUCUCUCAAAACAUUGUUUUCUGUAAGGAGCAUGCAAUAAUGUGAUGAAUUCCAUGAUGAAUUUUGAGUGUCAGAAUAUAUAAAUGUUUGAUGUUGUGAGUGAA